AUGGCAGAAACGGAAGAUAUACAAAAAUUAAUUGAUUUAAUGACAAAUGUGCCUUUGACAUCGUUGAACAAUGGAUGUAGAAGAAAAAUUGGCAUGUUCAUGGACCUAGAAGGAAGCUUGAUUCCAGAUUCGGACAUGUUUAACGAUUGGUGUGGUUGUGCUGAACUUUUGAAUUUCGAAUUAAACGAAAUCGAAAAUAUGAAACGUCAGAGGUAUCCCACUCAGGAAAUGCUCCAAUUAUGGAGUACCCGAGAUAAACCCAAACCGACAGUUGGAAAUCUUAUUAACUUCCUGUGUCAGCUGAAAAGGUUUGAUGUAAUUCGAGAGUGUCGAAACAUCAUAGAAAGAGACGUUCAAAGGUGGUGGGAAAAUGAACGAAAUCUACAGGAAAUCUGUGAAAAUCCUACUUUUCGAUCCCCCCUACAAGAAGAAACACAGACUGUAGCAGAUGUGAGUAGUCAACACGAGAUCUAUUACGAUUGUUUCGUCAUCUACAAUCCUGAAGCAAGGGACCAGCUUGAUUUUGUUAAGGAGAUGAGUAAUAUCCUGGAGGGGCCGGAACACAACCUUCGUUUGUUCAUCCCCUGGAGAGACGAUUUAGUGGGAACAGCAGCGCAUUCAGUAUCGGCAGCCAUUAUAGAAAGAAAAUGUCGUCGAUGUGCUGUGAUUUUAUCUAAAUCAUUCUACAACAGUCCAGCAGCAGACUUCCAGCUUAAAUUUGCGCAUGCUCUGUCUCCAGGAGCUCGUCAAAAGAGAGUGAUUCCAAUUUUGAUAGAGAAGAUAAAGCCUCCCGAUAUAUUAAACUUUGUCGCUUCGGCGCCAUUUUACAACCAGGGAAUAAGACAGUGGCAAUGGCCCCGCGUUGUUGCUACCAUCAAAUCGGAACUUCGGCCAGAUCGACAAACAUGGCUCCCGGAAGUCGAUGCCUGGAAUAUCGCGUUAGAUACUUCUGAUGUGACAAAGCGAGAACUUUGGACACUCACCAUUGCUACACAAGUUUAUCCAGAUGAGAAAAGACAUAUUCCAGACGUUGACGCACAAAAGAAAAAACUGAAAAAUAAAAAGAAAGAAUUGAAAGCAAAGCCUUGA